AUGAUACCUACCACGCAUCACCGGACGUGCAUUGAUGUGAUUCUAGUCAAGAACCUCUCGAGGGUGGCAGUUGAACCACUGAGGACCAUCCUGAGCAUCGUGCCUGCGCCCGUAAGUCCGGAAGCGCUGGUGUUCGCGGCACGCGGCCACCGCUGGAAGUUCCUGAGAGGAUCAGUCAGUCCGGCAUUCACGACGAGCAAGCUGGCGCAAGCGUUCAAGGUCUUUGAAACCUCCAGCCAGGAAUUGGCGGACAUUAUCGGGAAGCAAAGUGCUGUCGACAAAUCAGUGGACGCAAUGCUGCUGUUGCGGCGAUACGCCUUGGACACGAUUCUCAAGGCCGGCUUCGGCGUCGACAUGGGCGUGCAGAAAGCCGAACCAGGUGGAUUUUGGGACAAGCUCGCCAUUGAAAGUUCCCGGCUGUUGGAUUCACUCGGACUGCGAGGAAUCACGCUAAUAGCAAGCAAUCAAGUUCACAACCGCCUAUCUAGAUUAGAGAUAUUGUUCAAUGCGGUCGUUUACGUCUCUGCCGGGUUAGACAGCACGGUUCACGCAGUCGUCUGUGCUCUGUACUCCGUGGCCACGCAUAUGGACAUUCAGGAAAGGCUGAGGAAAGAAAUUCACGCCGCGCUCAAGGAGGAGGGUCAGCUCACCUAUCACGCUGUCGGACGAAUGAAAUACCUCGACAUGGUGAUCAAGGAAUCCAUGCGCCUGUAUUCUCAAAACGUUGGGUUUGUUGCAAGACGUGCGGUUUCCGACUACACCUACAAAGACCUUUUAAUACCAAAAGGUAUGAGCAUAGUAGCUGCUACGAGCUGCCUCAACGUAGACCCAGAUAUAUGGAGUGAUCCAACUGUGUUUGACCCCGAGAGUAACUUUUUUUUCUUUUUUAUCUUCUUCUGCUUUAACAAAAGAUUUAGCGAUGAGAACAAGGCUGGCAUCAACCCCAUUUCUUACCUGGCUUUCGGAAGCGGUCCACGCAACUGUGUGGGCCGUGCGUUCGCCACACUCAACGUCAAAACAGUCAUCGCCACGUUACUUUCAAGAUACCGAGUACGUAUGGACGAAGAGCGUCACAAGGUAAGCGGCAUGCAUUCCGACAUAUACUUAAGGCUGGAUUCGGUAUUGCGGCUUCGUUUUGUUACGGCUAACUUCACAUUAGGUGAUGGGCAUUUCAAUCAAGUUCGCAGAUGUUUACCAAAAGGGAAAGCCAGUGACGAAGACGGAUAGCGUUAAGUUACAAGCAGCUGACAGAUUCUCUCGAGA